UUCUCUCUCUCUUUUUCUUUCUGUCUUUUUAUCUGCCGCCUCCCCUCCCCUCCCCGCUCCUCUCCCCCCUCUUCCUACCUGAUUCACAGCCGCUCCGGCGCUAUGCGUGUGACCGCGUCUCUCUCUGCAAGGCGAGCACCACCGGAGAGCGCCUGCUGACCGCCGGCUGCCAGCACUAGCCUUACCCGGCAGACGAGGCUCCCAGGCGGGCACCGGGAGAAGGAGAGACACCGCCGCAGAGUGUCGUCCGGAGAAUAUUUCACAGCCGUUGAAUUCAUCCAUUCUUACCUGUUCUCCUUCUGCAAACCGGUCAUGGCUUCCAAACUAAACCCCAACGUCCUGUAUGUGUCCGGCCCUGGAGAGUCCCUGGGAUCCCCCCAAGCUGAUUCUGAAAGAACUCACAUUACUGGAGAAGCUGCAGAAGAGUCUUCAGACAGCGACGGAGAACAAGACGAGACUUCACACAAGUUGAUCCGCAAAGUAUCAACGUCCGGACAGAUAAGGGCCAAGAAAAGUGUGAAGGAGGGAAUCCUGUUAAAACAGACCAGCUCCUUCCAAAGAUGGAAGAGGAGAUACUUCAAACUCAGAGGGAGGACUCUCUACUACGCCAAAGACUGCAAGUCCCUGAUCUUUGAUGAGGUGGACCUAUCAGACGCCAGCGUGGCUGAAACGAGCACCAAGAACAUCAACAACAGCUUCACAGUGAUCACCCCGUUCCGUAAAUUAAUGCUUUGUGCCGAAAACAGGAAGGAAAUGGAGGACUGGAUCACAGCGCUUAAGUCGGUUCAAAAAUGGGAAACCUAUGAAGCCAGUCAGUUCAACAUGGAGCAUUUCUCUGGGAUGCACAACUGGUACGCCUGCUCGCACGCAAGACCGACCUUCUGCAACGUCUGCAGAGAGGCCCUGCCAGGCGUCACCUCCCACGGCCUGUCCUGUGAAGUUUGCAAGUUCAAGGCUCAUAAGCGCUGUGCAGUUCGCUCCACCAACAACUGCAAAUGGACCACACUGGCCUCUAUAGGAAAUGAGAUUAUUGAGGAUGAGGAUGGGGUGUCUAUGCCACACCAGUGGCUGGAAGGCAACCUGCCUGUCAGUGCCAAAUGCGUGGUGUGUGACAAGAACUGUGGCAGCGUGCGGCGGCUGCAGGACUGGCGCUGCCUCUGGUGCAAGGCCAUCGUGCAUAGCAGCUGUAAAGAACAAAUGGGGAAGGUGUGUCCCCUGGGUCAAUGUCGAGUCUCAAUCAUUCCACCCACUGCACUUAACAGCAUCGACUCAGAUGGUUUCUGGAAGGCCACCUCUGGAUCCUGCGCCAGCCCCCUGCUCGUCCUGGUGAACUCUAAGAGCGGGGACAACCAGGGCGUCAAGUUCCUCCGCAAGUUCAAGCAGCUCCUGAACCCGGCUCAGGUCUUUGACCUAAUGAAUGGAGGACCGGAGCUGGGGCUGCGGCUCUUCCAGAAGUUUGUAACAUUUCGUAUUCUGGUGUGCGGGGGUGACGGCAGCGUGGGCUGGGUGCUCUCCGAGCUGGACAAGCUCAAUCUCCAUAAACAGUGUCAGCUGGGAGUUCUUCCCCUGGGAACGGGAAACGACCUGGCUCGCGUUCUGGGCUGGGGAGGCCUGUGUGACGACGACGCUCAGCUGCUGCAGAUCCUGGAGAAGCUGGAGAGAGCCACCACCAAAAUGCUGGACCGAUGGAGCGUGAUGACAUACGAGGUGCCCCCGACCGGUAAACAAACGCCGACAGGGAAGGAGGAUGACAGCCACGACUCUCCUCUGCAGGUCCACAUCACUCAGUAUGCAGACUCCGUGGCCUGCCACCUGGCCAAGAUCCUGGACUCAGACAAGCACAGCGACGUCAUCUCCUCUGCCAAGUUUCUGUGUGGGACGGUGAACGAUUUUGUGGCAGAGGUGGGGAAGGCGUACGAGAGAGCCACAGAGAACAAGGAGGAGGCAGAUGCUAUGGCCAAGAAGUGCGCACUGCUGAACGAGAAACUGGAUUCGCUGGUAAAGGCCUUAAGCGAGGAAGCAGAAGCUCAGGUGGUGCCUGCAGGUUCAGCACCCAGCCAGGAGAGCGGCAGCUCCAGCCCUGGCGAAAGUGGAGGAGAGUCAGGCUCAGAAGGCAAAACGUACCGAUCCAAAGAGCAGCUGAUGCUCCGAGCCAACAGCCUGAAGAAAGCCCUGAGGCAGAUCAUCGAACAGGCGGAGAAAGUGGUGGAUGAGCAGAACAAACACACGCAGGUCCAGAGGAUGCCAUCUUCGUCAUCCAUCAAGAGGGAGAACAGUGAGGAGCUGAAGGAUGCUGAGCAACGGGGGCUGAGUCCCACCUCACCCAUCGUCCUGGAGAAGCCAGAGAGCCUUAAUACGGUCACCUUCAGCGAGGAUACUGUUCAAUGCACAGAGAAGUGUGUGAUGAAUAACUACUUUGGCAUCGGACUGGACGCGAAAAUUUCCCUCGAGUUCAACAACAAGAGAGACGAACAUCCCAAGAAAUGCAGUAGUCGCACCAAAAACUUCAUGUGGUACGGAGUCCUGGGGACCAAAGAGCUGGUCCAGAAGACUUACAAGAACCUGGAGCAGAGAGUCCAGCUGGAGUGCGACGGCGUUCCCAUCUCCCUGCCGAGUCUGCAGGGUCUGGCUGUUCUCAACAUUCCCAGCUAUGCAGGAGGAAUCAACUUCUGGGGAGGAACUAAAGAGGACAAUAACUUUGGAGCUCCGUCGUUUGAUGAUAAGAAGCUGGAGGUGGUGGCCGUGUUUGGCAGCAUGCAGAUGGCGGUGUCCAGAGUCAUCAACCUGCAGCAUCAUCGCAUCGCUCAGUGCCGACAGGUGAAGAUCACCAUCCUGGGGGAGGAGGGCGUCCCCGUGCAGGUGGACGGCGAAGCCUGGAUCCAGCCUCCCGGCAUCGUGGAGAUCGUGCACAAGAACCGUGCUCAGAUGCUCACGAGAGACAGGGCAUUUGAAAGCACGCUGAAGUCAUGGGAGGAUAAGAGAAAGAUUGACAGCUACCGCGCCGCCAGGCCCCGCCUCAACUCCCAGCAGUCCAUGGAGUACCUCACUGAGGAGGAGUGCGCUCAGGUGCAGCAGCUGGGCAUUGUGGCUGAUACCCUCAUAAAUAAAAUCCGCGAGGCAGCGAAGACCCAUAAGCUGGUGGAGCAGGAGUUGGCUCACGCCGUGAACGCCACAGCCCUGGUGCUCACCGAGGCCAAAGUGUCCAGCAACGAGUGCCUGAGUCGCAGCACGGCGGUGGAAAUCGUCAACAGCAGUAAAGUCCUCCAGGCAGAGACCAGUAUGCUGCUCGAUGGGAAACUAUUGACUGAUUUUCCUGAGGAGGAAGAACUCCGUUUGACUCUGAAUAACCUUAGUUCCGAGCUCCUUAAGCUGGAUGACAUCCACUGGAUCUGUCCACUCAUGCAAUGCUCCGAGGAGGACUCUGUGAGGAGCAGCAGUAAAAGCAGCAGCAGUAUGAAGCUGAAGAUUAUACCCAAAACAAAGAAAGAGAAGGAGAAGCUUCACAAACAGAAGUCCAACAGUUCACUCUCAGGAUCGUGGGAUAUUAAAGGCGGGGCAACUGAGGCUGAGUCCUAAGGAAACUGAAUCCCUGCGUGAGCCGCUUUAUCACUCUCUAAAUGAGGGGUAUGGCCCCCUCCCUCCCUCCUCUUUAAUCAUUAAAGCCCUGUGGCUUUCAUAGAGGUGUCACAAACUGAAGAGAUUCCUUUCUUCCCUAUUUUUAAGCAUUUAGCUCCGUUUUAAUUCUUUGUAAUCUGUUAUUUUGCUGCAGACCAGCAGGUUAUUUUUAUCCAAUUUCUUGUUCUUUUUUUUUUUUUUAAAGGGCCUGUUUUUGGUGUGGCAUUGCUUUAAUGCUGCUGUUCUGCUUUUAUUUCUGAGUGCAGCCAGUAGCAAGUCAAAGGUGACAACCAUGCAGACUGGGAAAACAAAGGAAAUGUGUUUACGUGGUGCUCACCUUGCAUGGCAGGUGUAAACAUUAGUUUUUGUUAUAAGUUGUUACAAUCUAUUUUUUCUCUCUUUAGUUUAAUUAAUGAUGUUGAACUUCUGAAUAGCCUUUGGACUGCAUAUUUAUUUGUUUAGUGCUACUACCAUGUGAACUCCAACGGCAACGAAUCAACAAAAUGAACAAACUGAGAUGUCUCAGCGUUAUUGUCUACUGAACUGGAAAAUAUCAUAAAUGUUGCAAAAAAUAUACCGAGGAAUGUACUUGUGUGGACUUUUGAUAAUGACAAUGCUGUUCGGUUUGAUUUCACAGCGCUUCUAUUGUGGUUUUAAAGUGGUUCUUCAGUGGUCCUAGAAUUUUGCAGUAAUGCUGCAAAAAUAACCUUUACCGCGAGUCAUUUCAUGGAGAACUCAGCCAUGUGACGGCAGGAUUAAAGAGUUUUAUUAUGUGGCUUUAUGUGGGAGUGAAAUCUCACCCUGCUGUGUGUGUUUUACACCGUUUUAAAGAACAGUUCCUGAUGAAAUGACUCAGACCGAUUAUUUCUGCCAUUGUCUGGUGAAGGUGUUUACAGAAGGAGGAAGCAUCAAGGACACUUUGAAAAAAAACAAAAAAACAUAGCAGCUUCUCAGUUUGUUGCUCUUACUUUGUCAUACUACAUGAUUGUAUAUGAAACAUAGGGAUAAGUACUAAUAUGUAUUUGAUUUUUGCCUUGUCUGUGGUUAAAAGCUAUUAUUAUGAUUAUUAUUACAAAUAUAUAUCUAUUUUUUGUACAUUUUAUUUUCCCACAUGGUGAUUUGUAAAGCGGGCCUGGCUUUGCUGCUUCCCCCUUUGAGAAGCUCCCAGGCAAUCAUAGAUAUAGAUGCUGUUCCGUGUCCCUGCAUGCAUGCCAAGCCUUUCUUCGCCUCACAGUGGAAAUUGCCUCAAAGUAGUGAAUUUGUGAAUGGCAUUCCGGUAUCACAGUGCUUACAGAAAAUUUUGCAGGAGGUUUUAAUUUUAACAUUGUUUUAGCUUGUAUGAACCAGAGCAUGGUUGUUGUUGGCCAUAGCCUUCAUGAGUAUCUUCCAAGAAUAAUAUAAGAUUUCUUUUUUAAUGAAAGAGUUGAUUUUGUUUAGUUUUCCAUCCCUUAUUAAACUAAAAUGAUAUGUUUAUACUACUCCUGUAACGAUAACCAUGAGUAUAACGGGUUAUUUAAUCAAACUAUUUGCUCGGGCUGCUAGCCUGAAUUUAGCAGGUUAGAGGUGCGUUCACAUCGAAUGUAUUCUGGGUCUUAAAGCAUCCGACUUGCAUGCAAAGUCUGUGGAAAACGCCGUUAUUACAGCACUGAAACAUUUUUAAUGAGCUAUGGAGAACCGUUGAUAAAUACCUAAAGCUAAAGUGUUUUCUAGCUUGUAACGACAGAACAGAGCAGAUAAACAAACAGUGCGUAGAACACGGGGCAUUUGACCCAGCAUCCAAGUUUUUGACACCCAAAACCUGUUUGGUGUGAACGCAUUAGAGAUACGGCACAUAACCUGCCUGUUGUAGUUUAAAAUCCCAAAAAACAUUAUAAGAUUGAUUAGCACUAGCCUAUAGUUCAGCACCAUUACUGCUCAUGUUUUUUUUUCCAGCAGGGAAUACUUAUUGAAACUGAAAGAAAAGUGGGCAACAAGUGGGGGUGGGGCAAAACUUAAUUUAAGUCUAAAGCUACUGAAAAGCCUCUGCUGAUUUAGAAUAUAUUCUUUUAAUAUUGUUUUAUGUUGAUUUCCUCGCAGAGUGCUAGCAGACCCUAAUGUUUAAUAGGAUUCAAUGUGUGUGGUUUUUACAUUAUAACCUAUAAAAACCCUGGCAAACCUUGCUAACAGCCUCCGACCAAUGCUAGAAAAACAAGCAGCCAAAUGCACUUCUUCAAAAAGCUAACGUAUAUAUUUUUUGUUUUUAUGAAUAAUAUGAAAACAGGCAAAAUUGCAGAACUUGGUUGCAGUUAAAUGCAAUAAAAAUUCACAGAUACAGGGCUGAAAAUGUUGCGAAGUAAACAGGCAGACAGAAAUGGUAUGCAAGUUAGCCUUCGUGUGCUGAGAUAAAU